AUGUCUGAGCACAACAUGAGGACAGCAGGUGGCUCCAGGAUAAUCAAGGCUCUCUGGCUGAACGGUGGGUGUGUUACACACGGAAUCUGCAGGCUGCAAGAUUUGGAAACUGAUCCCCGACAGUCGUCAACAAUGCUUCGUGUCACUACUGCUUCUCUGUGCUCCUACUGCCACAGGAUGAGGCUCCUCCUCCCUCCCUCUGCGUCUGCCUCCACUAUGCCGUCUCCCAACAGACGCCUGGAGAACCAGAACACGGUGGACUCCCUCUAUGAACUCUCCGUGGACAUCCGAAAGGUGCGCAAGUUCAAAGGCUGGGUUCUCUCAGAGAGUUCAGCGUACGUGUCUGAGACUGCUGAGCUGCUGAGAGACAUGGGCGCCGACUCUACAGUGAUCGCUCGAAUCCUGGAGACUCACCCCGAAGCUGUUCUAUGUCUACCAGAGGACGUCGCUGCUCAGCGAGACCUUUGGGUGUCUGUAUGUUCGAACAAACGUGAUCUUGUGAGCAUCAUCGAGAAGUUCCCGGCGUCUUUCUUUACCGUAACUCACCACAACAACCAGCGGGCAAACAUCCUCUACCUCCAGCGUCUCCGCCUCAGCAAAAGGAUCAUCGGAAAGUUGAUGGCGAGUGCCCCACAGAGCUUCAGCCGCCCUGUAGAGAGGAACCAAGAGGUGAUCCACACUCUCAGGGAGACAUACCUGGAUCUGGGUGGGGAUGAGGGGAAUCUGAGGCUCUGGCUGCAGAAGCUGCUCAGCCAGAAUCCGUACAUCCUCCUGCGCCCUGCUGAAUCCUGGAGGGACAGUCUGAGCUUCCUGAGGGAGCAGGGAUUCACCACCGAGGAGCUCCUGAACCUGGUCUCCAGCCUCAGAGCGUCCAUUGCCGAGCUGCAGCCGGACAGCAUGCAGCAGGCGCUGGCGUACGUCGAAGGUGCCCUUUGCUGCUCCAAGGAUGAACUCAAACAUAUUGUGAUGCAGUGCCCGGCUGUUUUGUACUACUCUGUGCCCACUUUGUUAGGGCGAUUCCAAGGACUGAUGGAUGCUGGGAUAUCCAUGGAGCAGGUCAAGGAGUCUCCGAAUGUGCUGGAGCUCACCACGCAAAUCGUACUCUAUCGUAUCCACAAACUGGCCUCCUAUGGAUACGACGUCCGCUCCGGCAGCCUGGACGUCAUCGUUGGGACUAAGAAGGACUUUGAGAUGAUUUAUGGGAAGCUGCAGCUCCGGCAGCAGCGCCCGCUCUUUAACCCUGUUGCUCCUCUCAGGUCGGCAGAGGAGUAACUGUUCAUAUGCUGCUUUUUUCUGCCAUAAUCGGACAAUUUUUAGGGGAAAACAUGGUUUCUAUAUUACGGUUUACAGCUUCAGGUUUAUGCAAGAUACAUGGAUGAGGGCAGUGUGAAAAAUACGAAAAUUAGGAGUCCGCAAGUCUGUAGAUCCAAUAUUUAAAAGCAAAGGGCUUCACUAAAACAUGACUGUUAUGAACAACAACCACAGUACUGUAUUUUAUACAACAUACAAACAUGUAGAAUUAGCUGGAAUGGUAUUAUAUGGAUAAAAUUUUGGGAUGCAACAAUGUACAGUCUAGCCUGUUGGAAUUUUUAAGGAACAUAAAGGUCAAAGUUGUCCGGUUCAAGGUCUUAAAACUCAACUUCCUUUUUUGUUUCUUUAUUCCCUAUAGCUGGUUAAAUGGAAUUUUUUGGGUUGUGGCCAAAAUAAGACAUUUUAAGACACCAUUUUAACUUUGAGGAACCCUAAUUGGCACUUUUCAUGCUUCUCUGACUAAAACACAUAAUUGCCAGACCAAAAGACAAUUAAUUUCAACUUCGCUUGCAGCCAUUUACAAGAUAUUUGACAGCAAUGCCCCUAUUAUACACUAUUAUAGACUUGAUUAUAAACAUGGUAAAAAAAACCUUGCAAAUAGAGCAUAAACUAUUAUGUACAGACAUAAAAAUAUAUGCAUUAAGAUAUAAAAAAACAGAAUUAACAUUUAUAGAUGGGUAUAAAGUACUGUGAUUGUUACGAGUGCAAAGGGUGUGAAAAUACAUAUGAUUUUGUGAUGCAACAGGUUGUUCAUAUAUAUGAGGUAUGAGUGGAUGUUAGAUGUAGUUGACAUGCUCAGACCGUACGUUAAGUUAAUGAAAGUGGUGUAAAGCUUCAAAUAAAAGCCCAACGACGCAACCCAGGGACAGGCAUUAUGAUUAAAGCCUUUAAAGCAUCGACAAGUAGGAAUUUGGUUUUUAAAACACAUUUCUGCAAACUCCUCCUGCUAGUCAGUGUGAAGUUGUUGACAAAAUGAGGGUGGACAAAUUGCCAAAGACAACCCCCAUCUACUGACUAGGUACAGUAAUGAUACUAGAUUUAGUGAGAAUAGGACUAUGCUAGAGUCUACAGCCUGUUAAUUCUAACUGUUAGCAUGCAGAGCAUGAGAACGUGUCUUCAGCUGUUGCCAUAAUGUCUAUAGUCUAAGGCUAAAUUAGAGAGUCUAGUUGUUUGAGAGAUUUUUAAGGAUCACCUGUGUAGGUUGCCACUUGAUCAGCGUUGGAUUUUUAAGGAUAUAAACUUCUAAAGCUAACUUGAAGAUCAGCAAAGAAAGAGAGAACUUUUGGUGUGAGGAGAUUUAUUGAUCAAUUUGUAUGCAAAACUGAGACGUAACUUGGGUUAGACUUUCUGCACUUUACAUUAGAAAACGACAGCACCGCUAAUGAUUCAGUCUAAAGUUAUGUCUCAGUCUGUUUUUAAGUUUGAUCUUUGUUUCCAAACUAGGGUCUAGGCACUGCUAGGGGAUGACAGAGAUUUCAGGGGUGAGGAACCCUGUCUGCUCUGACCUUGUCAAAAUUAGAUGUGCAGUUUUUUUUCAAAUGAAAAUAAAUCAUGAUUAGAAACAUAAUAUAUGAAGACAUAAAAGGGCCGCACUUAAAGAUAGAAAGUAUAAGAGGAUCUGUUAAUUUUUUAAGCAAAAAAAGAUGAACUUUGAGAAAAAAGUAGAAAUAUUUUUGAGAUGAUAAUGUUUACACGAGAACAAACUCAGGAUUUCGAAGUUUAAAGAGUCGAAAAUUUAUAAGAAAAACUUCAAGUUUAUAAAGUCUUAAAUUUCGACAUUACGAACUCAAAAACUUAAGGUUUUGAAAAUCAUAAAUUUACAUCAUUAAACCAAACUGAAAAAAUUGGUUGGAUUUUUUUUUAUAUUUCAACUUAUCUCAAAAAUUCAAAGUUUUUGGGUAUGUACAUUUAUGAUUGUUCACAAGUAAAAAGUAAUUUUUUUUUCUGUAAAGGCUUUUAAACUUUAGAUUUUUUACCAUGGAAAUUAACAGAUUUACAGAUUUUUUUCCUGGAGUUGUCCUAAUAUGCCAUCAUAAUAAUAGAUAGGUUAUACUAGCCAUGUGAGACACUGAGAGGGGGUCAGCAGAUGCUUUCCAAAAAACAAAAAUUCUUCAAAAUGAUUUCAAAUGAUAUAUUCUACCCAUUUUUAUAUUAAAAAAUGUAUGAAUAUGUAAAAGGGCCACACUGAAAGUUAAAAGUGAGAAAGGUUCUGUAAAUUUUGAGCAAAAAGUGAAAAAUUUGGAGAAAAAAUUGACAUUUUUAAGAUGAUAAAGUUGUAUAUUUACAAGAGAAUUAUAAAAUUUAAAAAGUUGUAAGUUGUUAAGAGAAAAACUUGAAAUUUCCAAGUUUAUUAAGCCUAAGGUUUUAAUAUGACUAAAUCAGAAAUUCCCAUUUUUUUAACAUCAUAAAUUUACAUCAUUGAGACAAAAAUUUACAAGAAAUGAAACAAAAAAAAAGUGUUUGGAUUUUUAACAUUUCAACUUUAUAAUCUAAAAAAAUUCAAAAUUUUGGUUCAUGUACAUUUGAAUCAUAUAUUUGAUGGAUUUUAGGAAAAACUAUAUGCAUAAAAUUAGUUAAAUUAUAAAAAAACAUGGUAAUUUGGUGAGAUUUAUGCUUAAAUCAAAUUAACAUUUAACAAAAUCCUUAAAAUGUAGUCUCCACAUGACUGUUCUCUAAUUUGCACGGCUGUGUUCAACUAUGCUUCAGUCCUUUGGGCUCAGUGGGGGUCCGUGGUAUCUGGCGCCUUUAUUUUUUGGGGCACAGGCUGAAAUGUCUGGUUUAUACGUAAAUCUUUUUCAACAAGUGUCUGCAGGCCUGUUGGGAUUUUGUCAAUGAAAACACUAAAAUUGUUGUAGACUUAGCUUUUCUUCGAUACGAGUAGGGCGAAGCACUGAUCUACAGGGGUGUAUACUUUGCUGUUAGGUUGUUGGGUCUUGCUCAAUCACGUUUUUUUGUCUUCUUAGCUUCAUCCAUCAAGUCUUCCUCUGUCUCUUAGGGUGCUUUUUUACUAUGUGGUACUGGCUCAACUCAUCUUGACUCUACUUGUGCUAUUUGGUAAGUUUGUUUUUAAUCUUUGGGUAAAUUUGUACCAAGACACUGCUGACCACUGAGUGGAAAUGGUCACUAGGAGUGUUGCCAUUGGGAUGGCCAACACCAAAACUAAACUCCUCUCAUGGCCGGCUUUGUGCUGCUGCAUAACUUCCCAAACUCUCCUGUGUCCAUUCAAUAAUGCUUUGUCUCUCUGUUUGUCCAAAACUUCUCCUCUUGCUGUAAAAAAAGGCCCAGACCAAGAACUGGUUCCACUAUCGCCUUGAUGUCCUCCACUGUAGUUGUGUUGGACCCCAUAGAAGUUUUGCACAGAUCGACGACCCUGUCUAAAAGACGUUUAUCAAAGUACAAACUGUCAUGGAAAAUGAAUGGUCUAACUGGGUAGAGUUUGGCCAGCACCACAUAAGGAAAUGCAAAGUUAACCUUUGGCUAAUUGGUAGGCUAAUUGGCUUCUUUUCAGCUAGAAGCUGGUGUGUGAACUGCUGCUAGAAAACCAUGCUACAUAUUGCUGGAAGCAGGUGAUUAGGACACUGUGGUAAUGGGAUAGACGCCAUUCUCCAUGUUGAAAGUUCUGUUGGAUUGACUUUGAAACUACUAGUUAUAUAUUGUUGCUUGUGUACAGCAAAGUUGGUUGACCAAGUUAUUAUAAUCACUAAUGAGGGCUGUGCAGGCCUGUGGAGUUGUAUAAGCAUGUUAGCGGUAAUUCAACACUCCUAUUUUGGUGUGCCUUUAAAAGCAUCACAGGGCUAGUAAAAGGAGCUGGGUCUUCUGUUUGUAAGAGCUUUUAUUUGAAGUUUUACUGUACAUUAUUUACAGGUUUGGUAGAUGUUUGUGUCUAUGGGAAGAAACUGUUGUAUUUAAUUUUUCUGGCUAUUUAGAGCGUUGAAGCGCAGUUUCCAACCCUGAACAGAGGCCAUAAACCAUUUGCUGUAUUGCGGUCUGUUCCUGCCCUUUCUGGUCUUCCAAUCUGAGCCACGAUGCCAAGAAAACAGGCUGAAAAACAGCAGUGAAGCAGCAAAUAAGACACUUCCUGAGCUGAUUCCUCUGGGCCUUCUUUACCAACAAACACUGAAAUGAAGUAUGGGAACGAGUACCAAUCACUGCCAGUGUUCAUGUUAAUGAUGAUUUACUACUGUAACAAAUGAUUGUGGUGAAUGAGCAAUAAAUGAAUAAAUGCAAUGUUAAAUUUGUA